GGACGGUCACGUUCCCUGCGCCAGCCCGCUGGCCCGCUAGGCCGAGUCCCGGCAUUUCCCUCCAGCACCCACCUCGGCGCGGCAGAAGGACGGACUGACGGCCCGACACGAGGGCUCCUGGGCCUAAGCAGGGAAGGGGUGCCGAGGAGUCCCAGCUCAGCCCCGGCAGGCUCCAACCGUGAGGUGAACUGACAGGAUAUUAAACUUUUUAAUAGAAUUGAUUGGACUACAUGAACCAUCGGGAUAUUGGGAGGAACUCCAGAUUUUUCAUUUUUAAAGAAACUAAAUGUGUGAGAAAUUUACAGAAUGGAAAACCAAAAGGAGAAUCUCUUUUUUGAGCCACAUAAAAAGGUACUAAUGAAAACUCCUCUGAAAGAAUCCACGGCCCCAAAUAUAGUGUUGGCAGAGAUCCAGCCCGACUUUGGCCCUUUAACAACACCCACCAAGCCCAAGGAAAUCUCCCAGGGGGAACCGUGGACACCAACAGCCAAUCUGAAAAUGCUCAUCAGUGCUGUGAGCCCCGAGAUCCGCAAUAGAGAUCAGAAGAGGGGACUGUUUGAUAACAGAAGUGGACUACCUGAGGCCAGAGACUGUUUACAUGAACACUUAUCUGGAGAUGAAUAUGAGAAAUCUCAACCAAGUCGGAAAGAGAAAAGUUUAGGACUGUUGUGUCAUAAGUUCUUAGCUCGAUAUCCUAACUAUCCCAACCCUGCAGUGAAUAAUGACAUUUGCCUGGAUGAAGUAGCAGAGGAGCUUAAUGUUGAGCGUCGACGCAUUUAUGAUAUUGUGAACGUCCUAGAGAGUUUGCACAUGGUAAGCCGCCUCGCCAAAAACAGAUACACCUGGCACGGGCGACAUAAUCUCACCAAGACACUUGGGACUUUGAAGAGCGUUGGGGAGGAGAACAAAUACGCCGAGCAGAUCAUGAUGAUCAAAAAGAAGGAAUAUGAACAAGAGUUUGAUUUUAUUAAGAGUUACAGUAUAGAGGAUCACAUCAAAUCAAACGCUGACCAAAAUGGACACCCUGACAUGUGUUUUGUUGAACUCCCCGGAGUGGAAUUUCGGGCAGCUUCUGUAAACAGCCGCAAAGACAAGUCUUUAAGAGUGAUGAGCCAGAAAUUUGUGAUGCUGUUUUUGGUGUCAACACCUCAGAUAGUAAGCCUAGAAAUUGCUGCCAAGAUUUUAAUUGGGGAAGACCAUGUGGAGGAUUUGGAUAAAAGCAAAUUUAAAACAAAAAUUAGGAGGUUGUAUGACAUAGCAAAUGUUCUGAGUAGCCUGGAUCUUAUCAAGAAAGUGCAUGUAACAGAGGAGAGAGGCCGAAAGCCAGCUUUUAAAUGGACAGGCCCAGAAAUCAGUCCAAAUCCCAGUGGUCCCAGCCCAGUUACUCCUUUUGCUCCCUCAGACUUGGAGGUGAGGAGGUCUUCAAAAGAGAACUGUGCCAAAAACCUCUUCUCCACACGUGGGAAACCAAACUUUACUCGGCACCCAUCUCUCAUCAAGCUAGUAAAGAGUAUAGAAAAUGAUCGGCGGAAGAUCAGUUCUGCUCCCAGCAGCCCCAUCAAGACCAAUAAAGCUGAGAGCUCUCUGAAUUCAGCACCUUUCCCAAGUAAGAUGGCUCAGCUCGCAGCAAUUUGCAAAAUGCAGUUAGAAGAGCAAUCAAGUGAAUCCAAAAAGAAAGUGAAAGUGCAGCUGGCGAGAUCUGAGCACUGCAAACCAGUGGCCCCUCUGGACACCCCAGCAAAUGCUGAGCUGGAGCUGACAGCACCGUCUCUCAUCCAGCCACUGGGGGUGGUCCCCCUGAUCCCCAGCCCACUGCCCUCGGCAGUGCCUGUGAUCCUACCUCAGGUCUCUUCAGGCCCGUCCUAUGCCAUCUACCUGCAGCCCACCCAAGCCCAAACCAUGACUCCACCCCAAGGCCUGAGCCCUACGGUCUGCCCCACCCACUCUUUUAAAGCCACUGCAUCAAAAGAUUCCACUGAUGUCACCACCGAGAAAGCAACCAAUGAUGCUGCAAAAGCAAGUACCUCCACCAAACCUGGGAGCUUGCUGCCAGCAUCAGAGAGACAAGCUGCAAAGAACAGAGACAAGGAGCUUUCUGGAGAAAGAGUCUCAAAGAGGGUACACAUGCUUGAAGACAGUGGUUCGAAGAAGAAAUUUAAAGAGGAUCUGACAGGACUUGAAAAUGUCUCCACAACCUUGUUCCCAUCAGGAUAUCUAAUCCCUCUCACCCAGUGCUCGUCCCUGGGGGCAGAGUCCAUUUUGUCUAGUAAAGAAAAUUCAGGUACACUUUCCCCAAACCACAGGAUCUACAGCUCCCCAAUUGCAGGUGUUAUUCCAGUGACAUCAUCUGAACUCACUGCUGUUAAUUUUCCCUCUUUUCAUGUAACACCUUUGAAGCUAAUGGUCUCACCAACUUCCGUGGCAGCCGUACCUGUCGGGAAUAGCCCGGCUCUUUCUUCAAGCCACCCCGUUCCCGUCCAGAACCCAAGCUCAGCCAUUGUAAACUUCACCCUGCAACACUUGGGGCUCAUCUCCCACAGUGUGCAGGUGACCUCCAGCCCUGGACCUGGAACUGUUCCUGUAUCUCCAAGAAUAGAGGCUACUAAUAUCCUACCAGAAAGUACAAGUACUCAACAAGGAAAAGCCACCAGGUAUGACUCACCAGUCCCAGGCCAGAACCAACCAAAUGGACAAUCAGUUCCUGUUACAGGGACACAACAGCCUGUUCCAGUGACACCCAAAGGGUCACAGUUAGUGGCUGAAAGUUUCUUCCGUACCCCAGGUGGGCCAACAAAGUCAACAGGCUCAUCCUGUAUGGAUUUAGAUGAUGCCAAUCAAAUCUCAUUAGGAACUCUCUUCCCACAACGAAAACUAGAAGUCUCAACAGAGGAUGUUCACUAACUGACAUAUGUUGGCUUCGUUUUUGAAGAGUUAUUUAAUAGAAAAGAUGCACAAAGACUGAUUUGAACAAUAUAUUCUCUGAAAAUAAUGUAAAUAUGUUGGUAGGUUUACUUCA